CACGACUCCGGGAGGUAUUUUGCUUGGCCAACAAAAAAUCUGCUGGUAGGAGAAACGUGACAUCUCAGCCCGCCUGCCUCGUUCUUCGUCAAGGCUCACCACCACCAUGGAUGACCUCACCCAAGCUCUCUCGGCCAGCUUCGCCGUCUCGAAGGAGGCCAACAGCACAGCGGCCCCCCACCCACGGAUGGCCCAGUACAAGACCAAGUUCAGCGUUUUGGAGCAAAGCGAGCGACGGCGGCGCUUUCUAGAUCUGCAGAAAACGAAAAGGCUGAAUUAUGUCAACCAUGCACGCCGUCUGGCUGAUGGGGACUGGACAGGGGCAGAUAGUGAUGAGGAAGCAGUGGUGGUGGACAGAAAGGAGGAGGAACAGCAGAAGGAGAAGGAUGCAGAGGAUGAUGGGAUGGAGAUUGAGAGGAAGAAGUUGCCAAAGUACUAUGCCAACCAGCUCAUGCUGUCAGAGUGGCUAGUGGACGUCCCUCAGGAACUGGAUACUGAUUGGCUCAUGGUGGUCUGUCCCGUGGGGAAGCGCUCUCUCAUCGUCGCCUCCAAGGGGUCCACUGCAGCAUACACCAAAAGUGGCUACUGUGUGAACCGCUUCCCUUCGCUGUUGCCUGGAGGGAACAGACACAACUCAGCAAUGGGAAAAGAUUACACCAUCCUGGACUGUAUCUACAGUGAGGUGGAGCGGACCUACUUCAUCCUGGAUGUCAUGUGUUGGAGGGGCCAUCCAGUGUAUGACUGUCCAACAGAGUUCCGGUUCUACUGGCUCCAGUCGAAAGUCCAGGAGACGGAUGGCAUGGCUGACAUUGCCAAGAGGAACCCUUUCAAGUUUGUGAGUCUUCAAAGCACUGCCUGCUCAACGGAAGCCAUUCAGCAAGCACUUGCAACGGAGUACAACUUCAAUGUGGACGGACUUCUGUUUUACCACCGGCAGACCCACUACACCCCCGGCAGCACCCCUCUGGUGGGCUGGCUGCGGCCCUACAUGGUGGUCGAUAUCCUGGGCAUGGAGGUCCCGGUGGGGCCCCUCACCGCCAAGCCCGAGUAUGCCGGCCACCAGCUGGCCCAGAUCCGGGAGCACAAGAAGACCUCCGACCAUGUCCGGCCAGGGGACCUGAACGGCCGCUACGAGCUGGAGCACCUAUCCACCCCCGACCAGGAAAAGGGAGAUGGCGAUGCCGCCACCUCGCCCCGCAGCAGACCGCUGAAGGAAUCUCGCAUGGAGACCUCAGAAGAGCGCGAGUUAGCUAGCCGCUAAAGGCUAACUCAGUUAGCUAGCCGCUAAAGGCUAACUCUGUUAGCUAGCCGCUAAAGGCUAACUCUGUUAGCUAGCCGCUAAAGGCUAACUCUGUUAGCUAGCCGCUAAAGGCUAACUCUGUUCUGCUAACCAAUAAUAUUGUCAUGCUUUGCUGCUCGCCAUGCCAGAAAGACAAAUUACAAAAAACUUCAGACUACGUUGUGGGGAGUUUUUUUGUACAGUUACUUGCGAGGCAUUUAAUGAGAGGGAGCUCAAUGAAUUAGCAAGUUAGUCACUGCUUCAUUUGGAGCGCCCUGAGUUCAGGCAUCGCUUGGUUCAACAGAGCUGUAUCCACAUUUUUAUUACACUGUGCUAGUUAGUGUAAUGCAGUGGAUUAGACAAUGUAAGAUGCAAGGACCCUGUUAAAGAAGCCGGUUUCCCGGACCUAGAUUAAACGCAUUCCUAGAUUAAAAAACACUUUAAAUUACAUUUUUCCGUUGAGAGACCACUGGGGCUGCGAAACUUACUUUAGUGUUGCCGAAAUGAACACUGUUCUGCUCAUUUUGCCAGGCCUUGUGAAUGGACAACUUUGUCAUUGCCCUUUCAGAGGUGCAAUAAAUAACACAGUUAGUAACACAGGUCCUUUAGACCUAAAUUGACAGCGUCUGUCGUGGCCAGAUGUGUAACAAAUGCAAAAAUGAAAGUUGAUUCAUCUGAUUCUUCUAAGUGUAUGUUUUCUGAUGUUUAUUAAAUUGUUUUACUUGACUUUUCAA